CAUGUUUUUAAUAAUUUUUAUCUGACCACUAAAUAUAUUACGCGUUAUUAUACACUCGAAUCCAAAUUAUUUCAUUGUGUAUCACUGACUUAUUUUAUUGUGUAUAUAACACACGCAUAUGCAUAUCCAGACCUGAACUCAUAUAGCAAACUAGAAAAGCCUGUAAAUCACAAAAAGUACACAAUUCUAUUUAUUUAUUUAUUUUGAAAAUUUAGACCUUAUCCAAAAUGAAACUAGACGUGGAAGCCCAGGAGACAAGUAUUGUUUUGCCGCUGUUGGCCGGCGGCGGAUACGGCGGCCGGCCUCUUCCGGCGGACGAAAACGGCCACCAUCACUCGACGUCUUUCUUCAAGACAUGCUUCAAUGGCCUCAAUGCUUUAUCAGGUGUUGGCAUACUCUCCAUGCCGUAUGCCGUGUCCUCGUCCGGCUGGUCAAGCCUCAUCUUCUUCUUCCUAAUCGCGGGCUGCACUUUCUACACGGGCCUGUUAAUCAAACGGUGCAUGGACGUGGACCCAGCCAUAAGAAGCUACCCAGACAUCGGAGAACGGGCCUUCGGCCCAAAGGGAAGGACAUUAGUCUCAAUUGCCAUGAACCUCGAGCUGUACUUGGUAGCAACAGGCUUCUUGAUUCUCGAAGGAGACAACUUGCACAACUUAUUCCCCCAAGUGGGCUUCGAGUUUGGUGGGCUUUCGAUUGGCGGGAAGCAAACCUUCAUCCUCAUCGUGGGCCUCAUCUUGAUGCCGGCCGUUUGGUUAGACAACAUGAACAUCCUUUCCUACAUCUCGGCCACUGGGGUUGUGGCCUCUUUUGUGCUCGUGGGCUCGAUUUUGUGGGCCGGAACAUCUGACGAUAUCGGAUUUCACGAGCGUGGCACGGUUAUCAAUGCUAGAGGGAUCCCGACAGCUGUUAGCUUGUACGCCUUUUGUUAUUGCGCGCAUCCUGUUUUCCCGACACUUUAUACUUCGAUGAAGAACCAAAAGAAGUUCUCAAAGGUCUUGGUCGUGUGUUUUCUCGUGUGCACAAUGAGCUAUGCAUCCAUGGCGAUUUUGGGUUACCUAAUGUUCGGCUCGAAAGUGCAAUCUCAAAUAACGUUGAAUCUUCCCACGAACAAAAUUAGCUCGCGAGUGGCUAUCUACACGACACUCGUCAACCCAUUAGCAAAAUAUACCUUAAUGGUGACUCCAAUAGUAAAUGCUCUCGAGACCCGUAUUCUCAACGCGAGCCGGAGUAAAGGAUUGAGCGCGUCGAUUAGGUCCGGAUUGGUAUUCAGCACGAUUGUUGUAGCCGUAGCAAUCCCGUUUUUCGAGGAUCUCAUGUCGCUUGUUGGCGCGUUUUUGAGCGUUACGGCUUCGAUUAUUUUGCCGUGCUUGUGCUUCUUGAAGAUUAUGAGUGACUACCAAAGGCCUAGGCUUGAAUCAGCUGGCAUAUGGGGCAUUGUGUUGAUGGGCAUUGUUGUUCUUGUUGUUGGGACCUUUACAGCUCUGCAAGAGAUUUACAACCAUUUAGUUAUAUAGGAUAGAGUAGUGUAGUUGUAAAGAAAAAUGCAAUCUUGAAUUUGUUUUAGCAAGAAUUGUGUGGUAGAACUGUAGAGAAGACAGUGAUAUUCAUUUACCGAUCGGUUUUAGCGAAGAACCCACUCACGCGUUGCGUUGCGUGCAAAUUUUACAGCUCCCGAGCAACACCGAUCAUAGACUACUCACUCAUUCAAGAUCGAAAGUUCGAAACUCAACCUAGCAAAAGGAUAUGAAAUAUAA